CUGGCAGCUCUGACCACAUCCAAUCCAACUGCCCUUGCUGCACAACCGAAUCCCACGCCUUCUCUUCCUUUUCCCUUGCUCUCUCCAGCCCCUGCUGCUCCUGCCGGGCGCUGCCUGCCGCCGCUGACCGCCCCCGCUCUCUCUCUCUCUCUCUCUCUCUCUCUCUCUCUCUCUCUCUCGUCCCCCAAUCACCCCAAUUGCCGGGUGCUCCUCUUCCUGUCACCCCCAUGUUGACUGCUGCCCGCCAGGCCGCCAGAGAGGGAGGAUUAGGAAAGGGGGGAAAGAGAGACGGACGGCUUCUCGGGAGUGGGUAAGACUCACAUGAUGCAAUUACCUCCAUCUUUCCCUCUUCUCCUUUUGCGGGCAUACUCUUCUCCUCCGCCUGGCUAGAUCCUUCUUUCCUCGUCCCGGAUUAGCUCCCAAUCUCGCCAAUGGUCCAGGUUGCUGGCCGUGGAACAUUUCUUCAGUUGGGCCCACUCUCUGGUAAGUGCCGGUUCCAUCGGGUUUUGACGCAAGAGUAGAGGACUUGGAACCCGUAAAACCCAUCCGGAGAAUUUUCCCUGCGCGUCCCAUGAUUAGGAGCUGCGGCUGGACAGUGCCCUACGCUCUGGAGUUUUAGUGCGAAUCGUUGCCAGUUUCAGUCAACUUUUGAUGGAGCCCAGGUGUUGAGCGCCAAUUUGGGAGUUCCAGCUGACGCUGCAGUCUGCAUUCUUCUAAGGCCAUCAGUGAGGAAUUUUCGUUCCUUGGUGGCAGAUGGGUUCCUCCAGCUCUAAAGUGGACAAUGAGGAGCCCGUGAGGCGCUCCAAGGACAGGAGGCGGCUCAUGAAGCAGCUGGUGCGCCGCCGCCCAGAGCUUGCAGCUGCGCACAUUGCAUACCUGCACGCCCUCCGCAACACAGGAGCCACUCUCCGGCAAUUUGUGGAGCUGGAGUCUGCUUUGUCACAGCAGCCUCCGGUAGGCCUUGCGGCGCCGCCCUCGCCUACUCCACAGUCGCUGCCGCAGCCGCAGCCCCCGCCACCUCCUGAACCCUCACUGCCACCCUCGCCACACCCCCCGCCGCCUCUGCCUUUUAGUCCAGUAACCACCAUAAGAAAGAUGGAGAAGAGGGAUGGUGAAUUCCCACCACCACCACCACCUCUGGUUUUGAGUCCAAUAAGAUUAAGAAAAAGGGAUGAUGAGAUCCAUGUGGGUGAUUUUACCGAUGAUGACGAUGACACUGACAGCUGCUCAACUCCUCUACCACCACCCCUGCCACCCGGUAUAGAUUGGGAGGACUUGGAUCCUUACAACGUUCGCCCCUUGAGUUUCCCAUCUCCAUUUGCUGACAGGAACGAUGAAGAGGUGGCCUCGCAGGUUGCCAUGGACAAUGGUCCUGAGGUACACACAGAAUUUGAUGGAGAGGAGGAUGAAAGUGUGCUUGGCAUUGUGGAUAGGGUCCAUGUGAAUCCAGCCAAGAGUAGGGCUCUGGGUGAUGGCAACUCUUCAACUGUGAGCCAGGUAACAAAGGAUUCAGACUCUGUGGCAGUGCCUUGGAGGAGUAUGAAGUCACUUGUAGAGAUUGUUAAGGAGAUUGACGAGUACUUCUUGAAAGCAGCAGCAAGUGGUAAUGACGUUGUGAUUCUUUUGGACUCUGCUGGUGGGCGGCCUGAUGCCUUAGAGAUGGAGGCAAACAAAGGCGCAGGAAAGAAAUCCAAAUCAGCGAAGGUUUUCUCCACGCUUUCUUGGAGCUGGUCUUUUAAAUCUCAGCAGGCUAACAGUGAAUCCACAGUUCUGAAUUCUAGUGCUUCUGGAUAUGGUUACCAUGGCAAGACACUAGAGAAGCUUUAUGAAGAGGAGCAAAAACUCUACAAGUUAAUCAAGGAUGAAGAAUUUGCAAGGCUCCAGUAUAAGAAACAUGUCUCAGUGCUACAAAAGCUAGAAUCAGGGGAGCAUGAUAGACUGCAUGCAGAAAGAGUUCGGGAUGCUAUUGAAGAACUGCAAACUCGGAUAAUCUCAUUGGAGGAAGCUGUGAGUUUAGCAUGUUUUUCCAUAUCAAAUCUCAGAGACGAGGAAUUAUAUCCUCAGAUUAUUGAAUUAUCUGCAGGGCUUGUGCAUAUGUGGAAAAACAUGCACGAGUGCCAUCAGGUCCAGAACCACAUUGCCCAGCAACUUAGUCUCAUUGGCAACAGACCUGGGAGUGAACCAACAAGUGACAUUCAUUACCAGGCAACAUCUCAGCUGGAAAUUGAGGUGUCUGGAUGGCACACUGCCUUCUGCAAUCUCAUCACGUUACAGCGUGAAUACAUUAGCAUCCUUAACCAAUGGAUUAGUCUCACAGACUGCCUUCCAGAUGAUGGUGGCUUAAUGAGGAGUUCAUCUGGAAUCCGUAGCCUCUCCAAGGAACUCCAGCAUGCUCUUGACAGGCUACCGGAGAAGGUAGCAGCUGAAGCAAUAAAGACCUUUAUGUCAAUCAUACACUCUAUAGUUGUACAGCAGAGUGAAGAGCGCCAACUAAAGAAGAAGUCAGAUAAUAUGGAUAGCAAGUUCCAGACCCAGUUAGAGAAACACAGUGAUAAUUCAAUUCAAAACUCGGCACAGCCUCCAAAUAAGAAUCACUAUUCAGUAUCAAAGAAUGAAACGAAACUGGAUGCAUUUAGAAAGAAGGUCGAGGAGGAGAAGGCCAGAUACCUAACCUCUGUUAGGGAAAGCCGAGCCAUGACACUGAACAAUCUGCAGACAGCCCUUCCAAAUGUGUUCCAUGCUCUGGAGGGAUUCUCAGGAGUGUGCGUGCAGGCAUUUGAAGGUAUCAGCUGAUGCAGUGAAGUUGCUGUUAUUCACUCGGGAGCGGCUUCAUCUGCUAUUUGCUCGUGACAUUGCUACGAUGGCUGUGAUUAUUCAUUGUAAGUAGGCGAAGUAUAAACUGGUUCCACGUGAAUACCCUUUUCUUCUAAUUUUCAGAACUUUGAAUAGUUUUCGGAGGAUUUUAUGAAGUCAAUAUAGGCAUAAUAGUCUUGAAUAGAUCACAAUGUCUCAACUCUCAAUUUGAGAAGAGAUGUGAAGUAUCAUAAAACAUAUGUGGCUUUAAAUUAUGGAAAGGAUUCAUGCAGACUUCAACUGCACGUUCUCAUGGUA